AUGGGCUUGUCCGUUGACAUGGAAGGAGUUCCAGCAAUAUAUGGCGUCAUACUGGCUGGGCUUGGAUUUGUGGCAUUUGAAUUCUUCCUGACAUAUGGACCUCCUCAUUCGUGGCUGAAGCUAGGAUUCAAGGCCAACCCGAAGCUGCGUGUUGACCAGAUAGACGAAUGUAUUAGGCAGGCCAAGAGCCGCUUGGUCGGGGCCCUGCACCUGCUCAUCCAGAUUCCUCUGGCCCUGUGGGUGAUGGGCACACCGGAGGUCAAUGCAAACAGGCUGCUGGCCAAGACGCCUGCCUCCAUGCUGAUGCUCUGCAUUUCGGCCGGCUACUUCCUGUACGACGCCGCUGUGAGCAUCCUGCGCUACGAGGGCAUUGCCUACCUCAUGCAUGGCGUGGUGGCCUGCAUCCUGUACACCUACGGGGCUCUCACAGGCUUCUUGAGCUACUACGGGGCUGCAUUCCUGAUGUGGGAGGUCAGCACGCCCUUUGUGUACAUGAGGUGGUUCCUCUUCACUCUGGGCAAGUCCCAGUCAAAGGCAUACAUCGUCAAUGGGCUCCUCAUGGUCGCCACCUUCUUCAUCUUUAGGAACAUCAUGGGCGUAGCGAUGUCCAUAAAUUUCUGGCAUGUGAGCGGCAAGGAGCUGGCGCACCCGACCUCGGACCUGCUGCCGGCCGUGCUGUGGAUGUACAGGCUCUCCUGCGUCUCCCUCAACUGCCUCAACGCCAUGUGGUUCUACAAGAUGUUCAAGGGCGCCGUCAAGGUGCUGUCCGGGCCCAAGAGCGCCGCUGACAAUGUGCAGGGGGACACUGUGGUCGCAGUUGUCCACACAGACGCGCCAAACAAGAAGACCAGCUGA